AGAUGUGGUACUCGACUACAUGAGCAACUUACCGGGUUACGCGGUCGAAGCCGUCAUCGAUAGAUCGGACGAGGAGAAUGAGGAGCAUCCGUAUCCCUGGUCUGACCAGGGAAUGGACCGCAUAGCUCGAAUCAUCGGAUCAAACAUCCGCGUCGAUCUUAUGCGUAGCCACAACGAGUCGGCCUUCUACCCGCUAUGUUUUUUGGUUGACUAUCAUCUUGAACGCGAUCUCCGCUGACGCUAUCCUGUCCGCAUAUCCCACACAUGUUCUGAAACAUCGCGGUAUUUGCUCGCC